AUCCUGUAUUACAUAAUGGCAUUACAUAGCAAAAUGGCUAUUAUAACAUUUUGGCUAGCUUUAACAUUUACUUUUUGCAAUUAGUGAAUUAACCUCACACGUGCUCAGACAUAAAAGAGCAGUCAUUUCUUCACUUUUGUUCCUUUGAAGAAAUAUAUAAUUGAGAUGGUGAAAUCUGAACUUCUAUAGUAUAACAGAACUACAAUCAAUCAGAAAGAGAUUUAUAUGAAAGAGAAAGUUUCCUGUAUAGAUUUGAUUAUAGACCUGUCAAACAAUAAAUAAAAAUGAAAGGCUUAAACGAACAAAAUAUCUAGAAUCAAUUAUGUGUCAGAUACCGAGGAAUUUAAUCUUUAAAAUUAGCAUAAACUUGCUUUGAAUAUAUGAAUCAUUGCACAGACAGAAUGGAACAGACUGCAAAUAGUGGUAGAAGACAACAGGGGGAGGUUAAAGGGAACAUUAAUUCAUUAAUUAAUUGUAUGAGCACUUCCUUUUGGUGGGAGAUUUAUUUUUCUUGCUACUUUAAAAAGUGACCUAAUAGAAAUUUCAAAGAGGAAGAAACUGGAGAAAUUGUAGUGUUGACAAAUCCACUACUCACGCUUGCUGGUCUAGUAUGCUGGCAAAGCUGCAGUAAGUCAAUUUUAUCCUACAGUUCACACAGCUUACACUGGUGCCAGGACGAGCACAACUGAAUGGUCAGAACUGAUAAAACCUCUAGGAAAAGAAGAAUACAGUACUAUAGGCGGGUGAAAUCCUUCUCUGCUUCAGAUGGUCUGGCUUGGCAAUUUUGUUUGAAAUGAGAUUAGAAGAAACACAUCUUGAUUAGAACCACAGGCCCAGAUGGCUGCACAACAUGAGUGGAGCUGUACAGAAAGGCAGACCGAUUCUCCACUUUCCACUCAGACCUGCUACUUUGCAGAUUCCACGUUCUCCAUGGGAAGCCAUGUUCUUAAAUAAAAGUACUUAUACUACCAAAUGAAAAUUGCAUUCCGAUCUGAAAGAGGCUCUCCAAUAGUGCUUUCCAGUAUGUUUUAGCCUAUAUUUUAUUUCUAGCAGUGAAAAGUUCCUAAAUCUUCAUUGAAUACAAGACUGCAAAGUUGUGGGCUGCUCUGAGGAUGAUUUUUGAAGUGCCUCCCCAAUAAGUGUUACUCCUGGGUUGACAGCCUUAUUCCUCCAGUAAGCUGUAAAGCACAGAUGCUGCCUGAAAGGAGUCUAUUGCAAAUAGGCAUAGGUCUUAACAGCAUACAUAUUUUCUGAUUAGAGGUGCAUUCCUGAAUAAAUGAAGGUGUUCUUGCAAAAAGACCUGUUGUAUCAUUUAUUUGGAAAACACCUAGUGCAGUAGGACCUAAGGCACGGCAACAGUGAAAUAAAACUGUUACUUAACCUAAAUAUUAGACUAAAAUAUUAGGUCUAGCUUCUGUAAACAUGCCAGAUUAAACAUUGGUAUUUCAACAGUGCUACUAAUGUGCUUAUCUUUAAGAACAUUAUAUACAGAGUAUUCAAAAACAUUGUUAAACAGAAACGAAGAAACAUAUUUGCAACAAUUCUAACAGAUACCAGAAACUAUUUAAUCAGCUGAUAGAAAUUACUGCCGUUUGAAGAUGCUUUUAAAAAUAACAUUGUUAUAAGUAAGUCUGAAAACUACAUUAAUUGAAAAAUCUGAUAAAGUGUUUAUCAAUUUAAUCAGUACAUUUGUUAGGCAAAGUUAGCAUAAUGUACUUUGCCCAUUUUGUUGAUUCCAUCACCCAGUUAGUAAAACAGUGAUUCAGAUGGCUAAAUGUAGGUUUCUAAUGUCAUUUUAGUAUCUCAGGUGUGCUUGGGGCUGUCAGGUAUGAUUUACAGGACACUUGGACAUUUCUAGGGUGCAGCUGGAGGCCAGAUGGGGUACCCUUGGAAGCUGAAAAAGGUCUUAAAGACUUUUUUUGUCUUAAAGACUUUUUGUCUGGAGGCUGAAUUGCUUCCUAAGUCACUUCCAUUUGUUAUUUGAUCUUGUGCAUGUCAUUGACAGAGCAAAAACUUUAAAAAAAGAGGAGUGGUAGAUCACGACCAGCAGUCACAUUUAUGUAGUUUUCUAUUAGUUUAUCACUAAUGUAGUCACAGACCACACAGUAUGAUUUUUCAGCCCUCUGUCUAAAAAUGCUUCACAAAAGAGGCAGUGAUCAGUUACAAUGGCUAAAGCUACCACUUUGUAUACCUAUUUUUUACUUCAUAAAUGAUGACUAGUUGGUAGAUGUAUGUAUGUAGUUUACAUUACGUAGAUACAAAAUUAGCCACAGGCCUGACAUGGAAUGGGUGUACAAUUAUCUGAACUAAUUACUUAGACCUGACCUUAGUAUUCCAAUUUUUUACAGAACUGCUCUGGCAUCUAAAGCCUCCAUAAUAAAACUACCUGAAUGUCCCCAGCUUGUCUUCCAUAGCUUCCCAGAAUUACCUUUGUGUCCUCAAACAAACUUUUCAGUCUUUUUUUUUAAACUAUCGAUUUCUUAUUCCUGUUAAUUAGACACUACAGGGUAAUAAAAGGGACAAAUAAUAGUGCCUGCUGAAACUGUAGCUGUAUCUCAUGGUUCUUACAUGAAGCAGAAUUAUCAUGCGUAAAGGAUACAAGGAAAUGUGAAAUCUUAUUAUAACAUCUUUUUCUCAGUACCUGUUAAAAAUAUUUAUAAUUCUUUUGAGGCCCCAAUUUGAUACUUCUUCGGCUGGCAAGAACAUCAAUAACAAAACCAAAAAAUACUUAAAAUAAAUACAUUUCUUCUUUUUGUUUGUUUGUUACUGCAAAAAUUAAACAAAACCUAAAUGCCUACCUGUAUCCUCAAGUGGGAGAGACCUACUUUCAGCUCACUGCUUCAAUGAAUAUUUAAUCCUUCUUGCAAAGUGGAAAACCUUCAAACAAGAAGACUGUAGGAGGGAAGAGGGCAUCCCAAGAGUAACCAAUAGCCGCUGUUGCUCAGACCACUUUACUAGGAGAUCUGAAGCUGAUACUUUUUGUUUUUAACUUGGAUUUCAAAAAUUUCCUGGGUCUGUUCAAUUGCAUCUCCUUGGGUAUAAUUCCAAAAGAAUCUGUGUAUUUUGAUCUCAAGUGAUUUUGUCAGUUGUUCACACUUCAUAGGUCUUUUGCUGUAUGCUUUACUAAAUGAUCCCUGCUUUCAUUUUGGGUUAUGAGCGGGGUUUUGUUUUGUUUUGUUUUCCCCAUUCCUUUGCCCUUAAUAUUGAAGAAUGAGGAAAGAAUACUUUAAUUCUCCUUUUUAAAAUUUUUUUUUAAUAAUAAUGUGGUCCUGAAGCAUGGGUCUUUUACAAAGAACUACAUUCCUUUAUCUUAUUUCAUGGUAUCUCUGUAGCUUUCUUCCCAUGGGAACUCUGAAGGAGCUGGGGUCUGUGUAUUGAUCACAAAGCUUAGGAUAAAUGAGGACUGCUACAUAAAAUUAACUGCACGGGAAAGACACUAUCUUCCAGAGCUCCAGACGUGCUCCCAAACAGCACCAGCUGCUGGAUUUAAUGCUUGUUUUUCUAAACUUGGCUUCAAUGGCAACUGCUGAUUCAGCAGCUGAGCCAAUGACUGUGAGCUGCAAAUAUGGUACGUACAUAAUAAAACUGGGAAGGAAGGUAUGUAAGGCAUUUAAUAUUUUUAGGGUGUGAUUGUUUUUUUCCUUUUAAAAAUUUUUGUCUUUUUAAAAACUAGAGAAGGAGUCCUCUUUGGUUGAUUGUGGUAUUAGCUGUAACUCAUUAUCUGGGUUAUUCUCAAAUAACUCCCGUGAUUUGACCUCAUAGGAGGUCAUAGGAAGAGUAAACAGUUGAUAUUAAGUGAACCCUCAGUUACUUGAAGGAUGUGAGAAGAAGAUAAAAGGGUGAAAUUCUGGUAGAAAGUGGAUUUUCAUCCUAAACGAUAAAGCCAAAUGAGGCUAGGCUGAUACCACCUGCUAGAAGGUGCAUUCAUGACUUUUUUCCCCACCAUCUCACAGUCAUUGGUACAAAGCAACAAUAUGCCAGAUAGUUAUAAAUAUAGGAUCCCAGUCAUCUGUACUUGAUGCUAUUUUAAACUCUUCCAUGUGAGAAAAAUGGUUAAAAAUAAAAAUACAGCCUUUUUGUUCUUCUCUAAAUGUUCUGUUCAGUUCUUCAUGCUGAGAGAAUCACAGACCCAUCUAUAAAUAUCUAACCCAGAUCUACAAUUGCUUGUUAAAAAGAGGGUGUUUGGUAGAAAAUUGAAUGAAAUACAAAAUGCCUUUUAUUAUAUUUUUAUUACAGACCAGAUGUGGCCUCUCAAUUUACCCUCUAUCAUUUGGAGAUGUACAUUCAGCAAGAACAUUGCAUGUGUGCAUAUAAAUAUUUUGAUGUUGUCGUGGUAUAAUAAAGGCUAAUUGAUUAGAAAAACCCCUAUGGGAUUUUCCACUUAAGAGCACAUUUCUGUUUUAGCUCUAUUGUCUUCAAGCUAAACAUGUAUGAAUGCAUCUAUUUUGAUUGAUCCCAAACAGAAAGCAACAGUAAACAGGCAAGCAUUUGGCUUUUGGUCAAUGAAUAGCACUGGCAAGUUGAGUGAAACUUGGGCAGUUAAGGGUUUCAGUAAGCUGCAUAUUAGAUGUUACACCUCAACAGGCAAAUGCUCCUUCCUUCAAAUGAAAACCUGCUCUGAUAUGGGAAAAAAUGGUGACCUGCCUGACAUGGAAAAGGGAGCAGUUACAUCAUCACAGUUCUCCCAAACUACUGUUUACUAUUUCCAGGCAAAAAAAGUAAUACAAACUAUUCACUUUCAGUAUGUAUUUGUGUGUUUUCAAUCUAUGCAUAUACAAAGAAAAACGUUUCGAGUACUGAGCUAAAGAACCGUUUUUAUAUGCCAUUUGACUUUGGCAUUUAAUCACCUGUAUAUGCUAUUUUGAGACUUAUUUCUCUUUAAAUUCCUGUGGGAGCUCAGCUACAUGUAGUGCAAUCAAUGCAUGCUGAAAGACCCUAAUUGAGAAUUUCUGGAUGCAGGACAAGUUGAGACUGAAGAAAACUGCUGAUUUAUUUUCAGAUCUGUUGGGUUUUAACUCUGCCAUUAAUCAACAGCAAGCUCCCAUACUGUGGUGUUGAAAUAAUAACACCUAAACUUCUCAGAGUAAGACCUGUUCCAUUACUCACGUACUGCAUGUUUGUAAUACUUUCACUGACAAAAUUUGAUUUACAGUUAGGUGCCUCCUCAAAACUGCAAGAAAGAAAGCAUUUUGGUAUAUCAAUUGAAAAUACCUAGAAGUGAUGACACCUGCAUAGACCAUGUGAAUGAUGAUCUUCCUACCCAGGCUGAUGGUAGUCGAUGCUGUUAUUUCUGCCAAAGUCGGUUAAUGUGUGGAAGAUGUUUUUUCUCACAUGUGAAGUACUAUACUAAAGAUACAUGUAAUGUGACAGUUUCUAUAGUAACUACUUGUUCUUUAUGGAAUAGCAGAUCAAACCUGUACACCUUGUUAUUGUUCUUUUAUCCUAUUAUCUAGACUAGUCAGUUACCACAGGUACAAUUCUUUAUUCUAUUCUCUUCCCAAUAUAUCAGGGAUUUAUGCAAUUGCAAGUAAAGAUUACAUUUGAAAAACAAAACACUAUUGGAAUUUUAACAUUGACCACUAUCUGAUCAUAUAAAUGCACCAAAGGACAUAUGUGCAUAUAUAUUGAAAGCUAAAAUUUCAAAGCAAAACUGUAGCGAUUAUCUUUUUUAGUAAAGCAGGGGAAAUUUGUGAUCUGAAUAUUAUCAUGUUGCUGGGAGAACAAUGCAAGUUAUGUAUAUGGCAUUUCUUUUUUAAGUGCUAGGAGUUUACCAGAACAACUUUGCCAGUCUAGAUGUACUGGCAAACUGUUCUAGUGUGACCAAGACCUAAGAUUCAUUACGUACAGGCAAAAUUUCCCUCACGUUAUACUGAUUCAUGGCCGUUAUUUCUGUGCAAGAAAAAGAAUGUGGCUACAUUGCGUUAUUAUAUAUUUCAUUAUUAUAACUCAUUGAUGCCACAGUUCUACUGAUAAUAUCAGUACUCAAAGUGGUAUUAUUUACAGGGAUCAGACGCUUUUUGCACUGUACUGUGUCAGCCUUACUGUGGGGGAAAAAGCCUGCAUUCCACCUAUGUCUGAAAGUCUAUUGCUAUCUCCAGCAGAAGUGUAUCAGUAACAAAUUAUGUUUAUAAAAUUAGCAGUGUAGGGAGAAAUCAUAGCUAUUUGAUCAGGGCUGCAGGUUCAACAAUGCAGCUAGUAUUGUAGCAUGGCCAAAAGGAAAAAGACACUAGAAAAAAUGUAAACUAUAAAUAGGGUAAAUCCAUCAGUGAGAGAAAAAGAAAGCAAUACUCAUCGUUACUUUUAAAAAGCUGCAGUAAAUUAUACACACACAAAUGCAACAGACAGGAGAAGAGAAAGGCAGAAAGGGAAAAACAGAAGAAAAUAUAUGCACAGUACCGAGAGCAACUGAGUGAUGAAACAAGUGGAAUGCAAGCAGUAGAUAAAUUCCAUGUAACCAAACCGCUUUUUCUCUCUUUACCCUUGACUGCAUCAUUCUAACAUGUAUGUGACUUGUUCCCUCUACUUAUCACUCCCCUAAAACAUGCACUGCGAAAUUCAUCACGGAAAUCAUAAUCCUGACAGAGCCACGAGCUGCACUACCGCAGAAAACAUGGAACGGCCAACCAAAUCCAGGAAGACACCCGCGUUUGUGCAGCCGGGCAAAGCCUGUAGCAGGAGGAAACGGCACACGGAGCAAAUGGGAGAGGGCAGGUUUUUCCUGCUGCUCGGGCUGUGGUGCUAGUGCCUGCAGCGGUGGUGUGUCUGCUCGCUGCAAACCAUAGAUGCUGACGAGAAAAAAGGGCCAAAGCGGAGAGGAGAAGCGUCAGUGGAUGCGAGCGGCUGUACUGAUGGAUUGAGGAGGUGGAGGCUGCCUGCCUGCCUGCCUGCCUGGUGCUGAAGAGGUGGAAAGCACAGAUUUACAGAGCUGAACUGGAUCAGCUGAAGAAGUGGGGGAAGAGAAACGAGUACAGCACCAUUGAAGAAAGCUUCAGCCUUAUCUAGCAGCAUCACCACAGCAACCAGAAAAUAAAAUCAAAAGACAAGAGCCAGAGCAGAGAAGGUGAAAGUGCAGCUCCUUACCUUUGGACAGAAGGCAGCAAAAUAAUUAUGCAGAACAGAAAAGAGUAUUUGAUGGAUCUAGCCAAACUGUGGCAAAGGGAAGUGUCCCUUCAUUAACAGGAAUGUGCCACUGUUUAUGCACUGGAAAGGGGAGUGCCAUGACAUCUACUGAAGAGACUAUUUCUGUGGUUGCAUACCUACAUGUGUUUGCACCCCUGCUGGGACUGAAUUAGGUGGUACAGGCAUCUUGGACCAUCGGGAAUUGGAUAGUGACUUUUUUUUGUUCAAGGUGUACCUGGCACGAGAGCUGAAAGACACCACAGAUCCUUUUCAGAGACGCAAACAGAGUGAGACAAUCUCCAAUCCUUCCCUUCUGUAACUGCCUGCUGUACCAUGGGAUGUCGGCAAAGCUCUGAGGAGAAAGAGGCAGCGCGGCGGUCCCGUAGGAUUGACCGCCACCUGCGCUCUGAAAGUCAGCGACAACGAAGAGAGAUAAAGCUCCUUCUCCUGGGCACCAGCAAUUCUGGGAAGAGUACUAUUGUAAAGCAGAUGAAAAUCAUUCAUAGUGGUGGCUUUAACUUGGAGGCCUGUAAGGAAUACAAACCUCUGAUUAUCUAUAAUGCAAUUGACUCUCUCACACGUAUCAUUCGGGCUCUAGCCACCCUUAAGAUAGAAUUUCACAAUCCUGACAGAGCCUAUGAUGCUGUGCAGCUUUUUGCCCUGACAGGCCCAGCUGAGAGCAAAGGUGAGAUUACCCCUGAGCUUCUGGGCGUCAUGAAACGGCUCUGGGCAGACCCUGGUGUGCAGGAGUGUUUUUGCCGCUCCAAUGAGUACCACUUAGAGGAUAAUGCUGCAUACUACUUAAAUGACCUCGAAAGGAUUGCAGCACUGGACUACAUCCCUACAGUGGAAGAUAUUCUGCGUUCUCGGGACAUGACCACAGGGAUUGUAGAAAAUAAGUUCACCUUCAAAGAGCUGACUUUCAAAAUGGUGGAUGUGGGUGGACAGAGAUCUGAACGCAAAAAAUGGAUCCACUGUUUCGAGGGGGUUACAGCAAUAAUUUUCUGUGUGGAGCUGAGUGGGUAUGACUUGAAGCUGUAUGAAGAUAACCAAACAAGUCGAAUGGCAGAAAGUUUGCGUCUCUUUGAUUCCAUCUGCAACAACAAUUGGUUUAUCAACACUUCCCUCAUCCUUUUUUUGAAUAAGAAAGAUCUGCUGGCAGAAAAAAUCCGACGCAUCCCCUUAACAGUCUGCUUUCCUGAAUACAAAGGCCAAAACACUUAUGAGGAAGCAGCAGUCUACAUCCAACGUCAGUUUGAGGACUUGAAUCGCAACAAGGAGACCAAGGAGAUCUACUCACACUUCACCUGCGCCACUGAUACCAGUAACAUACAGUUUGUCUUUGAUGCAGUGACAGAUGUCAUCAUUCAGAACAAUCUCAAAUACAUUGGUCUCUGCUAAGAAUCCUUGGGCUUAAUCUGUUUUCCUUAAGUGAUAAACAAGGGGCUAACCACUUCCACUUCUAGUGGAAAAAAAUGGGGCAAUGUGUAGUAGCCCAAGGAGAGAAAAGGGGAAAUCUGAUGUAUGUACACAGUUCCUCUUAUGCCCCCUUAACCUGCUACAUCAUUUUUCACAAAUAUAUGUUCUGGAGAGUGAAAGCCUACCCUCCAAAAAAACCCACACAACCCCACCUCCCCCCACCCCAGUGGAAAAAAACAACCUUACAACUCAAAACUCCCAAACAAAAACAAAAAAGGAAAUUGAGGCCUAACUCUGUGGAGAUGUUUUCGCCACAGUCACUGCACUUUUAUUCCAUUUGUUUCAUUCCAUUUCCUACAGUGGGAGUGUUACCAUGUUCUAUGUAAGAAAUAAUUCUUCAUCCAGUUGUCCUAAAAUUUUACUGACGUGACGAUAUAAAGCUGGUGAGUGACAGAUGAACUUGUUUGCAGGGUGUGGAGCAGAAUGGUUGUGUUGGGGAGAAGAGCUAGUUCAAACUAGAAGCUACAGAACAGGAGAAUUCAAAGCAAACUACUAAUUAAAUCUGUAGAGAAUGGGCAUGCACCCACAAUAUUGAUACACAGAGCCAAACAGUAUAUACACAUACAUCACGUAUGCACAUGCACAUGACUCACAGCGUAUACUAUGUACACACUUCUGCUUUACUUUACUGUUUAUCAUGUUUAACUGUUUAACAUCUUGCCUGUUAAAGGAAUUAUUGGUGCGCAACUGUUCUGUGAUAUCCAAACUGACUAGCAGCUCUUUCUGCUCUUUAAGGCUUCAAAUAUGCAGCAAAACUACAUGAAAUCUAUGAAUAGGCCAAAUUAAGGUCAGUGUUUCUUCUACUGGUAAGGAGUUUUAUACAUCAAAACAGUCUUCUUUUACAUCUUUUUUUGCCAAAUCUUGUGGUGUUUCACAAAAAACAAACUAUAUUUAAGAAGUAGGUUAGUGUUCCUUUUUUAACACAGAAAAAAAAAAUCACAAGGCAAUUUUUUAAAUUAUUGUUGUAGUGUCUGGAUUGCUGAAUGUGAAAGUUGCCAACGGACAGUUCUGUUCCACUGCUCCAAUUACAUUCUGGGAAUUGUAAUAUUGUAACAGAUUUCCCAAGAAGCAGGAGCCAUGGAGAUUGUGUAGUAUAUAGCCUCCAAAGUCUUUUUUUUGUUGGUUUUUAAAUUAUUUUAAAAAUGUGAUGUAUUAUUAGAAGGUUACAGAUGAGCGAUAUGAACAAUAACUACAUGUCUUGAUAUUUCAAUUUAAUAAUUUAAAUUAUUUAAAGUUUAGUGAAGUUAAGGAAACUGAAGAGAUGCAUUCCUCAGCUCCAGGUUUCAUCUCAUAAAGAAACACUACUGGAUGGAGUAACAUUCCGGCAAAAGUUUGAAAGCAUAAGAAGCUCUGUGGGACUAUACUGGAAAAUCUCAAAUGGAUCAUAUAGACCUAAGUCUUUGGUCAGUUGAUUCUUUCCCCUGCCAUAGAAAAGACUUCUUAAAGACUUCAGUGUAAAGUUGGUGUGUAAAUAUAUGUUUGAUAAUUGUAAAGCACAUACGUACACAGACACACAGACACACAUGCACACUGGAAAAGAACAUUCUACUUUUGUUCCCCCUAUGUACUAUGAUUAGUGCAAGAGAUCUCAGCCAAGGGCUCUAAGAAAUUUAAAACAAAAUGGUUAAUAACAUCAACAUUUAAAUUGUCCACUUAAAAAAAUAAAUAAUUCAAACGAUA